UCACUGUUAAUUAAAUACAACUGAAUAUUUUUGAUUACUCUAUUAAUGUAAUAAACAUCUUCAGCUAUCAAAUAAGUUCCUCAGAAAUUGUUUUACAGCCUACCCACAUAAUAAGAAAAAUUUCAAGCCAAACACUGGAAGAGAUGUCAGAAGAUUCAGAAAAGGAAGACUAUUCAGACAGAACAAUCAGUGAUGAAGAUGAAUCAGAUGAGGAUACGUUUAUGAAAUUUGUAAGUCAAGAUUUUCAUCCGUGCGCACUUUUAACAGCUGACUCUACUGGUGACCCAUUCAUCCCUCGGACUACACAGAUACUAUUGGAAUAUCAGCUAGGGAGAUGGGUGCCACGCCUUCGUGAACCACGAGAUUUAUACGGUGUCUCUUCUUCUGGUCCACUGAGCCCAACACGGUGGCCAUACCACUGUGAGGUCAUUGAUGAAAAAGUCCAGCAUAUUGAUUGGACGCCUUAUCCUGAACCAGUGUAUAUCCCAACAGGCCUGGAAAUUGAACCCCUUUAUCCAAACUCCAAGGAAGAUACUGUGGUUUAUCUAGCUGAAGAUGCUUACAAAGAGCCCUGUUUUGUGUAUUCCCGAGUUGGGGGCAACCGAACACCCUUGAAGCAGCCUGUGGAUAACUGUGACAACACUUUGAUGUUUGAAGCAAGGUUUGAGAGUGGUAAUCUACAGAAGGUAGUCAAAGUGGCAGAAUAUGAAUACCAGUUGACUGUGCGCCCUGACCUCUUCACAAAUAAACACACCCAGUGGUACUAUUUUCAAGUCACUAAUACCCAAGCAGAAAUAGUCUACAGAUUCACUAUCGUCAACUUCACCAAGCCUACUAGUCUUUACAAUCGGGGUAUGCGCCCAUUGUUCUAUUCUGAAAAAGAGGCCAAGGCUCACAAUAUUGGCUGGCAGAGAAUAGGAGACCAAAUCAAGUAUUAUAGAAACAACCAGGGGCAAGAUGGUCGCCAUUAUUUUUCUCUUACAUGGACUUUUCAAUUUCCACACAACAAAGAUACCUGCUACUUUGCUCACUGCUAUCCAUACACUUACAACAACCUGCAAGAAUACCUUUCUGGCAUCAAUAACGACCCCGUACGGUCAAAGUUUUGUAAAAUACGUGUCUUGUGCCACACACUUGCUAGGAACAUGGUGUAUGUUUUAACCAUCACUACCCCCUUGAAGAACCAUGACUCGAGAAAACGAAAGGCUGUGAUUUUGACUGCAAGGGUCCAUCCAGGAGAAACCAACAGCUCUUGGAUCAUGAAAGGCUUCCUAGAUUAUAUUUUAGGAGACUCGAGUGACGCGCAGUUGCUUCGGGACACGUUUGUCUUCAAGGUGGUACCCAUGCUGAACCCAGAUGGUGUGAUUGUGGGAAAUUACCGGUGUUCCUUAGCGGGACAGGAUUUAAACCGUAAUUAUACAUCUCUCCUGAAGGAAUCUUUUCCUUCUGUUUGGUAUACCCGGAACAUGAUCCGUAGAUUGAUGGAGAUACGAGAGGUUGUUUUAUAUUGUGAUCUUCAUGGACACAGUAGGAAAGAAAACAUCUUCAUGUAUGGCUGUAAUGGUAGUAACAGAUCUAAAGCAUUAUAUUUACAGCAACGAAUCUUUCCACUUAUGCUGAGCAAAAAUUGUCCAGAUAAAUUUUCAUUCUCAGCUUGCAAGUUUAACAUUCAGAAGGGCAAAGAAGGGACAGGAAGGGUGGUGAUGUGGAAAAUGGGAAUCAGGAACAGCUUUACCCUGGAGGCCACCUUUUGUGGGUCUACUCUGGGUAAUAAACGAGGUACACAUUUCAGCACAAAAGAUUUGGAGUCAAUGGGAUACCAUUUUUGUGAUUCUCUCUUGGAUUAUUGUGAUCCCGACAGGACCAAGUAUUAUCAGUGCCUGAAAGAAUUGGAAGAAAUGGAAAAACAUAUAAACUUGGAAAAAGUCUGUGAUGAUUCAGAUACUUCUCUGAUAGAAAUUACAGUGGAUCUAGACUCUAGUAGCCGAGGCUCUGACAGUUCAGAAUCCAAUGACUCUCACACUUAUUUUCUGAAGUUAACUUCUCAGAAAAAAUACCUGAAAACAAAGAAGGAAAGAAAUUCUAUCUUAGCAAGCCACCAAAAUGCCAGAGAAGAGCAAAAGGUUUAUGGUAGAGGAAACUUACUGCAAAGAAACAAAGAAUCAAAUCCUGAUGUGAAAGUUACAAGGCCAAAUGUACCAGAUGAUUAUACAGUUGAUUACCUCAGAAGACAGUUGCCUGAUCAAGGUUUGGAUCUGCGUCACAACUUAAAAAGCAAAAUGAAAGAACGUACGUCUUCCCAAAGAAAGAAGACUGGCAUAAAUUGGACAGAUGAUGAAAAAACAAUGUAUAAGGAUGAAAGAACAGCUCAAACUCAAGAAAUAUUGAAUUACUUGCUACCUAUCAUGGAAAGCACUAAAAACAUGCAAACUACUCAGAUAAAACAGCUAUCCAAUCCAAGAACCAAUUUCCAAAUCCAUCAUCAACUAAAGCCAGCUACUUGCAGAAUUAUAAAGAGAUACAGCACAUCUUGCAUACCACCCACAAAUUUCCCUUCUUUAACCCGAAAGAAUGUUAUGGGAAACUCUUCAGAAUGGUUCCAGCCUAUGCCCCAAAGUUCAUUUGAAAGUUUAUCAUCUCUCAAAGGCCCCAAGAAGAGGAAAAAACAUUCUCAAACCUGGGCCAUAAAGACUGAAGACAUGAAACUGCUCAGCAGCAAAUGGGAGAACAUUGCCUCAAGUUUUGAAAUGGGUGUGAAUAUUAUAAAAGAUAAAAGUCUUCAAGCUCAAGAAUCCAACCAGCAAAGCUCUAAGCAUAUAGCCCUCCAUCUAACUAAAAAUAAGGAUGAGCAACCAAAUAAGAAUGGACACCCCACCUUCCAUCUGAGGUUCCAAAGGGACAGUUAA